UCCCCGUUCGUUCCGACCGUUCAUUUGCAUCCCCUUUCCUUCCGCUGGCGCGAGGGACGGGAAGAUAAUGGCGGCAGCGUGCUCCCUCUCUCCCCUCCCUCUCGCGCCACCCGCGAUACCCAGGCCAGCGCUCUUCUCGAGGUGCGUCGCUGCUCCGCGCCGUGGUAGGAAUGCCGGGGCAGGCACCGGGCGCUUGCGCCUCGCCAGGAGGCUGCGCCCGCCUGCCGCCGCCAUCGAAGAGGUGGAGCAGACCGAGGCCAUGAUGAGGGUGGCCGCCGACGACGACAGCAUCACCGCCACCGUGGUGUCGGUGCUGCUCACGGUCUCGUUCGUCGGGCUCUCCCUCCUCACAAUCGGGGUGAUCUAUCUGGCGGUGCAGGACUUCUUGCAGAAGAGGGAGAGCGAGAAGUUUGAGAGGGAGGAGGCUGAGAGGCAGAAAGAGGAGGCGAGGCAGAAGAGGGCCAAGGCCAGGGGAAAGAAAAGAAAUCGACGAUGACUGCUUCUUCAGUAACCUCAGUGUGAGAACCCAUGGCUGGUUCUUCUGUAACCUCGAUCAUUCUCUGGGAUAUGAUUUUUGUGCUGGUUUCGUGUCAUUUUGACGUUGCGGCGGCUCCUUUCUCGUGUUAGUUCAGUUCAAAUGAGCUCCGUGUCCUGUCAGUUAUUCAGGAUGUGAGUCGUGAGUAAGAGUGUAUGUACUGCAAAUGCAUGGUAAAUUAUAUAUCUCGGUGAGUUGACUCGUCAACAUGUUACACACGUGUCAUUUUCAUUUGAAUACGAAUCAGAUGACAUGCUUUUGAUGAUA